GUAUUCACCCCGGUAUCCAGUCGUAUCUGGCUUCACCCCGGUAUCCAGUCGUUGUCGUAUCCACAACAAAUGAACUUUGGUCUACAGUCCGCUGCCCUCUUAAUGCCCCUCGAACGGAAGCCUAAAUGAUGAGGUUAACUUUAGAGUGAUUCUGCGUCGACAGCGUACGGAGCUCCAGUCUAACUAGGACGAAGAUAGAGGACUCAUCAACUGGAAACGCAACUGUUGAUGUUUCUUCUUAAGGCAGUGUCCCCCCAUCAUGCUGCUCUCUCACGCGGAGCUAUGGAGAGCGUGCCUGGAGCGCGUGUCCAGGCCGUGCGCGGUGGUCCUCGGCGCCGUUACCGCCGCCCUGUACUACCUCUGGCGCCGCGCGGGGCAGAGUCCUGUGUUGGUGUGUAGCGAUGGCUUCCGGGUGUUUCUCCAGCGCCACUGUCCCGUGGUGGCGGAGUGUUUCCGGCCCACGCCGUGGUGCUGGGGGGGGCGCCUGCAGACGCUCGUGCGCGCCCUCAUCAAGUCCAGCCCCCACGUCACCUACAGGAAUGAGCUGAUCCAGACGUGUGACGGGGGGCAGAUCUCUCUGGACUGGACGGAUAACUGUGGGAGUGAGCAGUACCCCGGCGGUGCUGUCCGGCCCACGGUGCUGAUUCUGCCGGGCCUCACCGGGAACAGCCAGCAGACCUACGUGCUCCACGCCGUCAGCCAGGCCACACGCAGAGGCUAUCGGUGUGUGGUCUUCAAUAACAGAGGCUUCGGAGGAGAGGAGUUGUUGACCCCGCUGACGUUCUGUGCGGCGGACACCUCGGACCUGGAGCGGGUGGUGAUGCAUGUGAAGGAGCUCUACCCACAAGCCCCUCUGCUCGGCACGGGAGUGUCACUGGGAGGCAUGCUGCUGCUGAACUACCUGGCGCGGAAGGGCAGCGAGGCGGGGCUCCUGGCGGGCAUCACCAUGUCAGUCAGCUGGGACACGCUGGAGUCCUGCGCCUCACUCGAGCAGCCAAUCAACUGGCUGCUCUUCAACCGCCACCUCACCGGCAACCUGUGCCGCACCAUCAAACGGCACAGGAGGAUUCUGGAGACCGUGGUGGACGUGGACCAUGUGCUGAAGGCCCGCUCCAUCCGUGAGUUUGACGAGCGCUUCACGUCCGUGAUGUUCGGGUUCGAGUCUUGUCUGGACUACUACCAGGCUGCCAGUCCCGGGUACAAACUGCCCAUGACCACCGUGCCCGUCCUGUGCCUCAACGCUGCCGACGACCCCUUCUCUCCUCAACACGCCCUCCCUGUGUCUCUGGCCCAGAGGCUGCCCAAUGUGGCCCUGCUGGUGACGUCUCACGGGGGCCACAUUGGGUUCCUGGAGGGCCUGUGCCCGCGGGGCGAGGGGUACAUGGACCGCCUGUUCGGCCAGUUCGCCCAGGCCGUGUUUGAGCACCCGUCCGCCCUGAAGCUGGCCUGCACCGCCACCGACGACGACGACCCCCCCGUGACCCCCUGACCUCGUGACCCCAGGCCAUGUUUGAGCACCCGUCCGCCCUGCAGCUGGCCUGCACCGUCACCGACGACGACGACCCGCCGACGACCCCGUGACCUCACUAGCCCCGCCCCCUUGCACUAACCUUCAUCUCAGGACCCCAUCCGUCAGCCAAUCAGAGCAGCGUAACACGGCAGCCAAUCAGAGCAGCGUAACACGGCAGCCAAUCAGAGCAGUGUAGUCUCCCCAGAGAAGGAGGUUUUUAGAGACUAAAGACUUAAAGCUUAACCCAACACACACACACACACACACACACACACACACAGACUUAAAGCUUUUAAAUAUGAAGUUUGAGAAUGCUGAAGGUGUGUGGGAGAAAUAUAGGAGCACAUUCUUCCCUAAGAG